ACGCUCAGCACGUGACUCAGCCGACUCGGGCCCUUUACAAUGGGAUACACUCGAAUCCAACCAUACGUCUGGUACCAGAGGGACAGGAGGAGUUCGCGACGCUUCCAAUACUCGAGUUGUCGCCCGGAACAUUAUCGAGGUGAAUGUGCGAUUCCGACUCCCUAGCAACGCAGCCCGUUCGUUCCUUCCGCAUUCGUCGGCGUGCGACGCCAGGUGUAAACGGCGCAGGGUUGCCACCAGAGAUGGACAACACCAUCUAUCCCCGUCUCCUGCAUUCACAUACCAUGGCUGGGAAGUAUCCUUUCGACGAGCCCACGCUACGGCCGACUUACGUCCCCCAUCCGUCGCACUUCAAAUACAUCCUUAUGAAGCAGAACAUGACGGCGCCUUACCCACUUCCUCCACUACCAUUCGGCGAACUCACCCCUGGGUCUCAAGCGACCUACCCGACGUCAACGCGGGUUGUGCCAACACAAACUGGAGUUCCUCCGACCAUCACACCUCGCGGAAUCAAAGACUUCGACGUCGUCGAUUGGCUCGAACCCGACAGCUACAUCGACGUCCCGUGCGAUGCGUACACCACGGCAAUCAACAAGCUCACGAUCGCUGGACCUGUUUACCGCAACAAGAACGGCGACUUGGUGUGGUUCGAUGAUGUGGAGUGGGAUGAGCAGGUGCGCUUGCUGACGGCGAUGUCGAUGCCGAUUAUCGACAAGGCGGCAUUCAUCAAGGCGAUGGGAGCAGGAAAUCCUCAGUCUGCCACAGGUCCAGGUCAAAUCGGUGCGUUUCAAGCGCAAGCGUUGAGCAUACCGAAUGUCGAUGGUGCGGCGGAUGCUACGGGCACGGCGGAGGAGCAAGAGCGCAGUGGAAAGGGGGUGCUGGAACCAGGCGGAUGCUCGAACGCGAUGUUACUCGACGACGACAACCCCCGGAAAGACUCACUACUUCUCCCAACGCCACUCCCAAAGACACCACCCUCGCAGAUGAAUCCACAAGCCCUUUUGCAAGUAAUGAGAAGCGCCAGCGUCGCCACAACUCGAGGCUUCGUAGCAACCAACCCGCACCCCGACAGCGUCCCGCGGAAAGGGAUGGCAAAUUCCUACGAGCGGAUUGGAUACGGCGAUGUUCGAGGAUGUACGAUUCGAAGACAGAUGCCGGGGAUUGAAUGGGCGAGGCAUGCAUCGAAGAUGGAGGUGUCGUUGGAGAUGCACUUGAUGCUGGAAUUCGGGGUGGAGAAAUGCUUCAGGCCGCGGGUGAAUGAUGUACGUGCGGAGCAGUCCCGGUGGGCCACACUGGGUAGGGCCCGGAGGGCGAGGCUUGGGAGCAUGUAAAAGAGACGCUAUGGAAGGGGGAUGGACAGUGAAGGAGCGACAUUCGUUUGGCCGUAUGGAAUGUUGGCAGGGACUGGAUAUGGCUUGCCUGUGGGGAAGCAUGGACUAGCAACGGUGAUUUGCCUAGGCUAUUGCUUCGCGUACUAUUACACAUACUGUAUAUGCGUCAAUGCCAAUUUCCUUCAUCGACCAGUCG